UUAUAAAAUUCUACUUUUUAGAAAUACACCGGUGUAUUUUAAGAUAACAAUUAUUGCAUAAUACAUCCUAUAUCUUUACAAAUGAUGCUUCACGCUUCAAAAUUUGAGUCGACUGUCUUGUAAUUACAUCACCGCACUGAUUUCUAAAUUUAAACUGUUCCCCAAGUAAGUGUACUUCUACAUUUAUCUACAUUUAACUUUUUUACCAAAUUAUCAGAAGUGAUAAUGUUAUCACAUAAUUUGCUAAUCACAGAGAAUUUUAAGUUAGAGGUGAUAAUUAGUAAAUUUUAGUACUCGACAACAAUUUGCUGCUAUUAAAUAAGAUUUAAAAAUGGAAAAUUUGGAUACAGCUAGAGAUUUCGUAAUGGCUAAUUGGCCUGCACUCGGUUCGAUUAUCCUCCCAAAUGUCGGUGGAUGGGCCAAUGGACUGUUCUUUGCGGGUCAAAUCCGUAAAGACAACAGUGAAAAGUCCUGGUAUGAUGAGUUAAAGAAGCCAAGCUGGACUCCCCCAAAGUGGGUAUUUGGUCCAGCUUGGACUGUUCUCUACAGCAGCAUGGGAUAUGCCUCUUACCUCAUCUGGGAGGAAUGUGAUGGUUUUACUGAAGAUGCAGUCCUACCUCUCACAUUGUACGGAGUACAGCUGCUACUCAACUGGUCUUGGACUCCUAUUUUCUUCGGAUUGAAGGACUUCAAGCUGGCAUUCAUUGAGAUCUCAGUGCUGUCCGGGGCAGCAGUGGCAACGACACUGUCAUUCGGCAGUGUCAAUAAGACAGCCGGUUUGUUACUCAUACCAUACUUGGCUUGGCUCGGAUAUGCCAGCUCCCUUUCUUACUACAUCUGGAAGAACAAUCCUAAACCGGUGAAGGGACAAUAAAGAUCCUGACAAUGGAAUAUUUUGCUUUAUGCCUUAAAUAUAGAUGUAAGAAAAGGUAUUAAUUUCGAACAGAUAAUAAUUCGAUUUCAUUAAAUAUCAACAGUUCAUAGAAAUGUAAUUAUUAUAAAUAAUGCUGAUAAUGACUUAUUAUGGAAUUAGCAUUUUUGACAUUACAUUAUUAAAAUAAAUAAAAAUAUGUAAAAACAUGUAUAUUAACGCUCUGGUGGUUCAGUGUUGUAAGUUUGAUAUAGGACAUGUAUCGGUAAACUUUGAAUUUUACAUUUUGUAUAUGAAACUAUCCAUAAAAUCAAGUCAAGUGAUACAGUCGAAAUUUAAUGCAAAAAAAACAGUACUUCAAUAUACGAAUAUCUAUUAAUUAUUAAUUGAUUAUUGACAAAUUCUAAGGAAUUCUUUGAGAGCAUCAUGUAUUUUUACCAGAGCAAAGAUCAUCCUUACUGCCUGGAACACUAAAAUGAUCGAUAUUACAUUAAAAUGAAUUUGGAAGUUUUGAUUACGGUAAACGUGGAAAAUGGAAUACACCAAUAUUCGAAAAUAUCAAAGUUUUGUAUGCAAAAUAAACAAUUUAUUAAUUGUGCUAUAGAUAUAAUAUUUGUGCUUGGGUACUCUCAACAAGAAAAGUAACUUGUUCAGGUUAGUAAGGUAAUAAGAACAAACAAACUUGCAAUAAAAAGAUAAAUGUUAAUAUAAGCUGUUGCUCGUUGGGAUCUAAGACAAGUGAAUCGUGUAUUUCAAAGAAAUUUUAAAUACUGUUUUCAUGUUAUCUAUAUAUCGAUGCUUAUCGAGGACUUAAAAUGAAUAUCGAUCAUCCCUACUGGUACGCUGGGUCUAUCCACAGAGGUCAUUGUUCACCGCUCUCCCCCGGAGUGUUCCCCGAGCUGUGUCACAUGUCAUGGCUCUUCUUGUGGUACUAUUUGUUAACCAAUCUGCCCACGAUGGCAAAAAACAUUAAGAAAGUGUACUUAUUUAUUUAUUUAUUUACCAUAAGGAGAACCAACAGCCCAUUAGGACAAUAAUGUUACAAAUAAUAGAAAAGCCAAUAAAGGUCCCUCCCCAAUAUAAACAAAUUAAAACAAUAGCGAAACAAAAACAGAAACAAAGAAAUUAAAAACAAUCAGCAAUCAAGAAACAACUUAUAUUGUGUAAUAAAAUAACAUUGUUGACCUUGUUCGAAAUUUGAAUUAUAAACGUUCGAAAUGUCAACGGACGUCAUUUAAAUAAUGACGCUAUAUAGCAUGUUGUAGUUUUAGUCAAUUGAGUGUCUUCAAUAAACUUAAUGCACAAUUUAUUAAUAUUAUAGUAUUUAAGCAUUCCUAUUGCAUUUUUCUAUCCUUUUAUUCUCGUGACUGCUUUUACAGUAUUGUAAUAUUUCAUUGAUUGUUAUUUUUCGAAUAUACAUUUUUAUUGUUCAUGUUUGUAGGUACUUCAAUAAAUUUUAAAAAAUGAA